AGUCUCUCGAUGGAUCCUGUCCGGCCAUUGUUCAGGGGGCCCACCCCUGUCCCUCCAUCUCAGUGCGUUCGGAUGCCAGGCUGUUGGCCCCAAACUAGACCUUUGGACUCAGGCUGGGAUAGGGCAGGACCUCCAGGCAGAGGCCUUGUGUUUAGAAAGCCAGAGGAAUCCAGUCCACAGCUCCAGCCAGUACAAAAGGAGUCUGUGGGUCUGGUGUCCAUGUUCCGUGGCAUGGGCCUUGAUACGUCCUUCCGGAGCCCUUCGAAACGAGACGUGCCUUCUCUAGGCAGAGGCGUUCUAGGUCGAGGCUUUUCCGCUAACAUGGUUCGCAAAGACAGAGAAGAACCCCAUUCUGCUUUGCCUGAUCCUUCAGUGCUGGCAGCUGGGGACAGCAAGCUGGCAGAGGCUUCAGUUGGUUGGAGUAGAAUGCUGGGAAGAGGCAGCUCUGAUGUUUCCUUAUUGCCACUGGGAAGAGCAGGCAGCAGUAUAGGCAGAGGAGUGGACAAACCUCUCAGCGCCUUUGGCCUGAAUGCUCGGGAUCCCCCUCGGCUGCCACAGCCUCUAACUCUGUCUCCGACCCCACUGCACCCUGCAGAUCCCCUUCCAGUCCUGACUAUGGAACGAAAGGAAAAAGAGAUUUUGGUCAAGCAAGGAUCAAAAGGAACACCCCAGUCUUUGGGACUGAACCUCAUCAAAAUCCAGUGUCAUAAUGAAGCAGUUUAUCAGUAUCAUGUGACUUUCAGCCCUAACGUGGAGUGCAAAAGUAUGAGGUUUGGCAUGCUGAAGGACCACCAGACUGUCACGGGAAACGUCACUGCUUUUGAUGGGUCUAUUCUCUAUCUUCCUGUCAAGCUUCAACAAGUUGUUGAGUUAAAAAGCCAGAGGAAAACGGAUGAUGCCGAGAUCAGCAUCAAGAUCCAGCUGACGAAGAUCCUCGAGCCCUGCUCUGACUUGUGCAUUCCUUUCUACAAUGUUGUUUUCCGGCGGGUAAUGAAACUUUUGGAUAUGAAGCUUGUGGGGAGAAACUUCUAUGACCCUACCAGUGCCAUGGUGCUACAGCAACAUAGGUUGCAGAUCUGGCCUGGCUAUGCAGCUAGCAUCCGAAGGACAGAUGGAGGGCUCUUCCUGCUUGCUGAUGUCUCUCAUAAAGUCAUUCGGAAUGAUUCUGUGCUGGAUGUCAUGCAUGCUAUCUACCAGCAGAACAAGGAGCACUUCCAGGACGAGUGCAGCAAGCUCCUGGUUGGCAGUAUUGUCAUCACCCGCUACAACAACCGCACCUACCGUAUCGACGAUGUGGACUGGAACAAGACCCCCAAAGACAGCUUUGUGAUGUCUGAUGGGAAGGAGAUCACAUUCCUGGAGUACUACAGCAAAAACUACGGGAUCACAGUUAAGGAAGAUGACCAGCCACUGCUCAUCCACAGGCCCAGUGAGAGACAGAAUAACCACGGCACACUGCUGAAGGGGGAAAUCCUGCUAUUGCCUGAGCUCUCCUUCAUGACGGGGAUCCCUGAAAAGAUGAAGAAGGACUUCAGGGCCAUGAAGGACUUGACUCAGCAGAUUAACCUGAGCCCUAAACAGCACCACAGUGCUUUGGAAUGCCUGAUGCAGAGAAUUUCACAAAAUGAUACAGCCAACAAUGAGCUGACCCGCUGGGGGCUCAGUCUGCAGAAGGAUGUGCACAAGAUCGAAGGUCGACUUCUACCAAUGGAGAGGAUUAACUUAAGGAACACUUCAUUUGUCACGUCUGAGGACCUGAACUGGGUUAAGGAAGUGACCCGAGAUGCUUCCAUUCUGACUAUUCCCAUGCAUUUCUGGGCACUUUUUUACCCAAAGAGAGCAAUGGACCAGGCCAGAGAACUGGUUAACAUGUUGGAGAAGAUAGCUGGCCCCAUUGGCAUGCGCAUAAGCCCCCCAGCCUGGGUUGAACUGAAGGAUGACAGAAUAGAGACCUACAUCAGGACCAUUCAGUCCCUGCUGGGAGUUGAGGGCAAGAUACAAAUGGUCGUUUGCAUCAUCAUGGGCACCCGGGAUGAUCUCUAUGGGGCCAUCAAGAAGCUGUGCUGUGUGCAGUCCCCAGUACCCUCACAGGUCAUCAAUGUCCGAACCAUUGGUCAACCCACCAGACUUCGGAGUGUGGCUCAGAAAAUUUUACUUCAGAUGAACUGUAAACUGGGGGGUGAGCUCUGGGGAGUGGAUAUUCCAUUGAAACAGUUAAUGGUGAUUGGGAUGGAUGUGUACCAUGACCCCAGCAGAGGCAUGCGCUCUGUGGUUGGCUUCGUUGCCAGCAUAAAUCUCACACUCACCAAGUGGUAUUCGAGGGUGGUGUUCCAGAUGCCACAUCAGGAAAUUGUGGACAGCCUGAAGCUCUGCCUGGUGGGCUCCUUGAAAAAGUACUAUGAGGUGAACCACUGUCUCCCAGAGAAGAUCGUGGUGUACCGAGAUGGCGUGUCCGAUGGGCAGCUGAAGACGGUUGCCAACUACGAGAUUCCUCAGCUGCAGAAGUGCUUUGAAGCCUUUGAGAACUACCACCCCAAGAUGGUGGUGUUCGUGGUGCAGAAGAAAAUCAGCACCAAUCUCUACCUCGCUGCCCCCGAUCACUUUGUGACACCCUCCCCUGGGACUGUGGUCGAUCAUACCAUAACCAGCUGUGAGUGGGUGGAUUUCUACCUUCUUGCCCAUCACGUGCGGCAGGGCUGUGGCAUACCUACACACUACAUCUGUGUCCUGAACACUGCAAAUCUGAGCCCCGAUCACAUGCAGAGGUUGACUUUCAAACUCUGCCACAUGUACUGGAAUUGGCCAGGUACUAUCCGAGUACCAGCUCCUUGCAAGUAUGCCCACAAGCUAGCCUUCCUGUCUGGACAGAUUUUACAUCAUGAACCAGCCAUCCAGCUGUGUGAGAACCUGUUCUUCCUGUAA